CCACUGAUUCCCUCUACAAAUAAUAGUACGUUCCAUUUUCUCUCUCUCUCUCUGUACUUUUAUUGUGCUAAAGUCCGGUAUUUCUCUCGCGGUGGUUUUGAGUUUCUAACAUGGUGCGAAAGAAGAGAACUGACCUUCCUGGUGGCGGUGAGCGCUCUGAGUCUCAAGAAUCUGGAGGGGGACGAGGUGGUGCUCAACGCCAACUACAACAGCAGCAGCAAGGCAGCUCUCAAGGUGGAGGAAGAGGCUGGGGACUUCAUCGUGGAGGAUAUCGUGGCCAUGGCGGGGAAGCACCGCGUGGUGGAAUGGCCCCUCAACAGUCCUAUGGAGGACAACAUCCUGAAUUCUAUCAGCAGGGCAGGGGAACUCAGCAGUAUCAACCUGGUGGAGGUCCACCUCAACACCGUAGUGGCAUAGCUGGUCCCAGCAUACCUUCUAGGCCACCAGUUCCCGAGCAGCACCAAGCAACCCAGACUGUGCAUCAAGCUGCAAUGACUACUCAGCCCAUGCCAUAUGGAAGACCUGCAGAAACUUAUUCAGAUGCUGGUUCCUCAGCUCAGCGACCUCAGCUGACAAUAUCUCAAGCGACACAGCAAUUACAACAACUUGCUGUGCAGCCAGAAGUGGCUGCACCCCUAGCAAUACAACCUGCAUCAAGCAAGUCGAUGAGGUUUCCACUUCGACCAGGAAGGGGCAGUACAGGUAUCAGAUGUACUGUGAAGGCCAACCACUUCUUUGUGGAGUUGCCUGACAAAGACCUACACCAAUAUGAUGUUUCUAUUACACCUGAUGUCUCCUCCAGAGUUCUUAAUCGCACUGUCAUGGAGCAGCUGGUGAAACUUUACCGGGAAUCUCAUCUGGGAAAGAGGCUUCCGGCCUAUGAUGGAAGAAAAAGUCUUUACACUGCAGGGCCCCUCCCUUUUGUCCAAAAGGACUUCAAAAUCACUCUUAGUGAUGAUGAUGAUGGGCCUAGUGGUGCCAAGAGGAUAAGGGAGUUCAAAGUUGUGAUCAAGCUGGCAUCACGCGCUGAUCUCCGUCACUUAGGGAUGUUCUUACAAGGUAGACAGGCUGAUGCACCACAAGAAGCUCUGCAGGUUUUGGAUAUUGUUCUGCGUGAGUUGCCAACAGCAAGGUACUCUCCUGUGGCCCGUUCUUUUUAUUCGCCUGAUUUAGGACGAAGGCAACCAUUGGGUGAAGGUUUAGAAUGUUGGCGUGGUUUUUAUCAAAGUAUUCGCCCUACGCAGAUGGGGUUAUCACUGAAUAUUGAUAUGUCAUCCACAGCAUUCAUUGAGCCAUUGCCUGUCAUCGAUUUUGUUACCCAGCUUCUAAAUCGUGAUGUGUCAUCAAGAGCAUUAUCCGAUUCUGAUCGAGUAAAGAUCAAGAAAGCGCUAAGAGGUGUAAGGGUGGAGGUUACUCAUCGUGGGAAUAUGCGGAGGAAAUAUCGCAUUUCUGGUUUAACAUCUCAAGCAACAAGGGAGUUGAUUUUUCCUGUUGAUGAUAGGGGUACAGUGAAAUCUGUUGUGGAAUAUUUUCGAGAAACAUAUGGGUUUGUCAUUCAGCAUACCCAGUGGCCUUGUCUACAAGUUGGAAAUCAGCAGCGGCCAAAUUAUUUGCCAAUGGAAGUCUGCAAGAUUGUUGAGGGACAGAGAUACUCGAAGCGCUUGAAUGAGAGGCAGAUCACUGCACUCCUGAAAGUAACCUGUCAGCGUCCCCAACAGAGGGAGCAGGAUAUUAUGCAGACUGUUCGUCAUAACGCUUAUGCUGAUGAUCCGUAUGCAAAGGAGUUUGGUAUCAAGAUUAGUGAGAGGCUGGCUCAAGUUGAGGCUCGUAUUUUGCCUGCACCUUGGCUAAAAUACCAUGACACGGGUCGCGAAAAGGACUGUUUACCUCAAGUGGGCGAGUGGAAUAUGAAGAAUAAGAAAGUGGUGAAUGGAGGAACUGUUAGCAAUUGGAUCUGCAUAAACUUUUCCCGCAAUGUACAAGACAGUGUUGCACAUGGGUUUUGUUCCGAGCUUGCACAGAUGUGCACUAUCUCUGGCAUGAACUUCAAUCCAAAUCCUGUUAUGCCACCAUUUAGUGCACGCCCGGAUCAGGUAGAGAGAGUCUUGAAAACUCGAUUUCAUGAUGCUAUGGCGAAGUUGCAGCCCCAUGGGAGGGAGCUUGAUCUUUUGAUUGCUAUCUUGCCUGAUAAUAAUGGCUCUCUUUAUGGUGAAUUGAAGCGGAUUUGUGAGACUGAUCUUGGAAUUGUUUCGCAAUGCUGCUUGACAAAGCAUUUAUUUAAGAUGAGCAAGCAGCAGUAUCUAGCCAAUGUAGCCCUUAAGAUAAAUGUGAAGGUUGGGGGGAGAAACACUGUUCUUGUUGAUGCACUAUCUAGGCGAAUACCUCUUGUUAGCGACCGGCCUACUAUAAUUUUUGGUGCAGAUGUCACCCAUCCCCACCCUGGGGAGGAUUCCAGUCCAUCUAUUGCUGCGGUAGUUGCUUCUCAAGAUUGGCCUGAGAUUACAAAGUACGUUGGUUUGGUUUCUGCUCAGGCCCACAGGCAAGAGCUCAUACAAGACCUGUACAAGACCUGGCAAGAUCCUGUUAGAGGGACUGUGACUGGUGGUAUGGUCAGGGAAUUGCUUAUAUCCUUCCAUAAAGCUACUGGACAAAAGCCUCAGAGAAUCAUUUUCUACAGGGACGGUGUUAGUGAAGGACAGUUUUACCAAGUACUACUUUAUGAACUUGAUGCGAUCCGCAAGGCAUGUGCUUCCUUGGAACCUAAUUACCAGCCCCCAGUUACAUUUGUUGUGGUUCAGAAACGUCAUCACACAAGGUUAUUUGCCAAUAACCACCGUGACCGAAACACAGUUGACAGGAGUGGGAACAUUCUUCCCGGUACUGUUGUAGAUUCGAAAAUCUGCCACCCUACAGAGUUUGAUUUUUAUCUUUGUAGCCAUGCCGGCAUACAGGGUACCAGCCGUCCAGCUCAUUACCAUGUGUUAUGGGACGAGAACAAUUUUACAGCUGAUGCUCUGCAGUCAUUGACCAACAAUCUUUGCUAUACAUAUGCCAGGUGCACACGCUCUGUCUCCAUUGUUCCACCAGCCUAUUAUGCACAUUUGGCAGCUUUCCGUGCUCGCUUUUACUUGGAGCCAGAGACAUCUGAUGGUGGAUCAGUGACAAGCGGAGCUGCUGCUGGCAGAGGAGGAGGUGUCGGAGCUGCAGGAAGGGGUACACGAGCGACAGGUACUGGUGCUGCUGUAAAACCCCUUCCUGCCGUCAAGGAGAACGUCGAGAGGGUCAUGUUCUAUUGUUAGAGGACUCUUCAACAGUCUGAUAGAAUUGGGUUGAUAUGAACUUUGUUAGGAAUCAUGCUUGACUCCGGCUAUUAUGGUACUUUGGUAUGUCUUAUGUUUAGUUUUGUUUCUAAAACUUGAAAACUGAAGCCAGCUUCGCUUGCCUUUAACGUUUUGAUAGUGUGGGCAUGACUUGUUUGAUUUGGUUCAUUACUUUUAUUUGCUAUAAUAUAUGCGCUGUGUGAUUUGAUAAGUCA